AUGGGCAUCUUCUCAUCCAGCAGACCGCCCCCCGAAAUCAUCCCGGGUGAUCGCAGAAUCCCGCUCUCGUUCUGGGACGACCAAGAUUAUGCACGUGGAAUGAGCCUGGACAUCACACUCACAUUUAACGACGUGCUUGACCCUGAAAAACUACGAGACGCUCUUGAUACUCUACUGAAAAAGAAAGGAUGGGAGAAAUUCGGCGCAAGACUAAGAAAGAAUCAAUAUCUAACUAUCAAGCAAAAGGGCAAAGAACUAGAAUAUCAUAUUCCAGAACAAUUUACUGAGAAGCGCCCUGCCUUCUUAUUUAGCACAGACAAGCAUGAUAUGACUCUAUCCGAGCAUCCCGAAAUGAGGGCGUUAGCUUUCGGCAAGCUUGAAAAACCAACCCUACUGGGUCCUUUUGAUCCUCUGCGACCCUAUCUGCGUGGUGCUAGAACGCCGGAGCGUCUGGAUGACUGGAUAUUCUCUGACGCCCCUCAAUUAGCGGUCCACGUAGUUGUGCUCAAAGAUGUGACAUUUGUGACAAUAACAUUCAUACAUUUGCUCAUGGACGCCAUGGGCUUUACGGCUCUCCUCAAAGGCUGGACAGCAAUUUUACGCGGUCGAGAAGAUCAGGUUCCUCCAAUCAUGGAUGCUGGCGAGGAUCCUCUAGCAACUAUUCAUCGGAUGACCGCUUCAUCCAAGUACGUACUUGCGGAUCGCAUGCUGAAAGGCUGGGCUUUUAUUGUGUUUGUGAUUCAGUACAUUUUUGAACUGGUCUGGUGGCGUAAAGACGAAGAGCGACUCAUCUAUGUGCCGGGUGAAUACUUGAAGGAUUUACGGGAUACCGCACUCGGCGAAUUGAGCGCCGACCCCUCGCAGGCAGCAAAACCCGCAUUUAUCAGUGAAAGUGACGUUCUGCUCUCAUGGUGGACUCGUAUCUUUAUCAAGGCACUCAAUCCAUCGCCUUCUAAACCAAUCACUAUCUUGAAUGUAUUUGACAUUCGUGGCGUGCUUGCAGAAAUGGGCCUUCUUCCUUCGGCGGACACGGCAUUGAUUGCCAACGUUACUUGGCCUACUGUUAUUCUAACCACUGCUGGAGAAAUUGUUAGCAAGCCUAUAAGCUUUUUGGCUUCGCGGAUUCGACAUGCAAUUGACACACACCGUACCGUGGAACAGGUGCAAGCUAUAGCCGCCACGCAGAGGGAGGCCAAAGAAAAGACUGGCCAGCCGGCUGUAACUGCAUCAUGGGUUGCAGAUGAUAGCUGGGUGAGUGAAAUUGAGGAAGAGUAUGAAGACGUAAACUGGAACUAUGACGCUGGAAGGGGUUCCGAAAGUACCAGCACUAACGCGGAGGCACUCACACUGUACGACUCUGCCAAGGAUAAAACUCAACUCCUUGAUCCUCAUCACCUCUCAAACUCAGCACAUUCGCAUUUCGACCAAGAACUUCACCUGGAUCGCCCUGAAAUAGGCGACGUCAAACGCCACUUCAACGAAGUACAAACCCUUGCUACAUCCCAGCCCCGGAAAGGAUUAUACUACAGACUAUGGCUCUGUUGGAUGUAUCGCAUGGAAUGGGCAAAGAUCGAGCACAUGGUUCAAAAUGCACCCAACUACAUUAUUCAAGUUGUCAACUACUGGUUUGGUCUUCGGAACCACCCAUUUUGGACGGCCAGUGACAAGUGUCCGUAUCAGUGGAACGUUUCGGCCUUUCGAGCCAGCUCGUAUAUAGAAACCACUUAUAUCGACGAGAAGUACGAGACCACCGAAAACUCCCUUGACACAAGUCACAGACCCCGACGGGCUGGUAAUCGCACAUCUGCGUCCAGGCUCCUUGCGGUAGCUAGGUGGACUAUUAUGACGGCAAGUGUUGUAAUGCUCGCUACAUAUCACUUUUAUCCAAUCCCAGAUUCUCCGAGUGCCGAUACUACUUCUGGUCCCGAUCUAUGCCUCGAGCCCGAAUGCGUUCACGCUGCUUCCGAGAUUCUCUAUAACCUUGACCCUCAUUAUAAAGAUAUUGACCCGUGCGUCGACUUUGACCAGUAUGUCUGUGGAGGAUGGAGGGACCGUCACGAUAUGAGACCAGACCAGGGCUCCGUCUUUGCUGGAACCUUGAUGGCAGAGAACGCUCAAAUGAGACUACGCCAUAUACUUGAAGCACCCGAGGCCCCUGAAGAGUCAACACUCUCCUCUGCAGACAAAGACAACUUCAAGAAGUUAAAGUCCGCUUACGAUGCGUGUAUCAACGUCGAUGCUCUCAAGAAGCGUGGAUCGGAGCCCUUGGAAGAGAUUCUAAAAAACAUUGAAACCAUCUACUCUUCGCAUGGCAAACACUCAGAGAAUAAUCUGACCGAUGCACUCUUGUAUUUGAUGCAGACUGAUGUCUCAGCUCUUACUGAUUUCUCUAUAUCUCCCGACGACCGUGAUCCCGAUAAUGUUGUCAUAUUCGUGACGCCACCACGAAGUAUCGGUCUUCCAUCGCGAGAAUAUUACAACGAUACCAAAGUUGUGGACGACUAUAGAUCUCUUGCGUCGAAAAUGUUUGGCAACUUCAACUUGCAUCACGGCAAAAGCUCUGAAGUGGAAACUCCUUUCCAACUGGCGAAGAACGUUGUCCUGUUCGAAAAGAGAUUGGCCGACGCGACACCAGACACUCAGACACAGGAGGACGUCACACAGUAUUAUAACCCGAAGUCUUUGGAGGAAGCCGGCUCGCUUGUUCCUGAAAUAUCGUUCAAUCAUAUACUCACGGAGCUCUCACCGAAGGACGUCAAGACCGACCGACUAAUUAUUGGCUCCCCGUCUUAUUUGAAAGAGGUCUCGAAAAUUAUCAAGGACACUCCCAGAGAAAUUAUCCUAGCGUUCUUCAAGUUCAAGGCCAUUCAGAGAUUCUACAGUGAUAUAGAGGACCCCAAAGUUACGCCACUACGAGAGUUCAAUAAUCGUCUUGCUGGAAAAGACCCUCAAGCCACCCAAGAUAGAUGGCGAAAGUGCAUCAACGAUCUUGAUUCUGGGGUUGGUUGGAUCCUAAGUCGAUUCUACGUUCUCGAUGCCUUCCCAGAGGAAUCGAAAGAGCUAGGUGAUCAAAUAAUUUCCGACAUCAAGGAACAAUUUGUUUAUGUGCUUGAUGGGACAAAAUGGAUGUCUGCAGAUGUUCGGCAGCUGGGUAAACAAAAGGUUGCCAACAUCAUCCAGAAGAUUGGUUAUCCAACACGAAGUCCCGACUUGAUGGAUGCGGAGGAGGUCAAGAAAUACUAUAGUAGCUUGGACAUUUCCAGUGACAGGUUUUUUGAGAACUCGAUUGGAAUGGCCAACUUCGAGUUCAAGAGGAUGUGGUCUCAGCUGGGGCGCCCCACAAAUCGUGACGAAUGGGGGAUGACCGCACCAACUGUCAACGCUUACUAUAACCCUCCUGGAAACGAGAUCGUAUUCCCCGCUGGAAUUAUGCAGCCUCCUACCUUCUAUGGACCGAGGGCACCCCUGUAUUUGGCUUAUGGGGCCUUUGGUGCUGUCAGUGGACAUGAGCUCUCGCAUGCCUUCGAUAGCACAGGAAGACAUUAUGAUCAGAUUGGCAACUAUACUAAUUGGUGGGAUGACAAGACUAUUGAGGCAUUCGAAGAACGCGCGCAAUGCUUCGUUGAUCAGUACUCGAAUUUUACCGUUCCCGGCCCAGAUCCAGAUUCAGAGCCCCUGCAUGUUAAUGGACGCUUGACCUUGGGUGAGAACAUUGCCGAUGCAGGAGGCCUGUCAGCUUCGUUCCGCGCCUGGAAGAAACGCGACUCUUCACACUCGGACAAGGCACUGCCCGGAUUGGAGAAGUUCACCAAAGAGCAGCUUUUCUUCAUCUCAUACUCGAACUGGUGGUGCAGCAAAACCACAAAGGAAGCGGCAGUGCAAGGUAUCUACACUGACCCGCAUGCCCCGAAGCCUGCUCGAAUCUUGGGCACAAUGGCCAAUUCGAGGGAAUUCCAGGAAGCUUUCCAGUGUCCACACAAGGAGCCCCACACAUUCGGACGUGUUUAUCCACCGUCACGGUAUACGCAAUCGGUCCCCCAAGAGUCAGCCGGCAAGAUCGACUGUGCGCUCCGUGCGUUCGCCAUUGCGGUGUGCGGCAAUGCCGAGUUACACGAUCGAGUUAUCAACCCGGCCAGCUCUGCAAGAGUAACCGGUCUGCUUGCCAACAUCAGUCCGCCUUGGCUAUCAACUGAACAAAGAGAGGCGCGUUCGCGCUUGCCUCACUUAUUUGGCGGCACAAUGACGACCUUUUACGACGAGUCCACCGAUAAACCCGCCACUGUUACGGAGGACGAAUUUUCACUACACAAGCCCAUUUCGCGGGCAUCUACGUUGGCUUUUUCAAACACGUCCUCUCGUCCUCUACGAGCUCAACCUAAUGCUCUCCAACGUGCCCAUACGGUAACACAGUCCGGCUCGACUAAACGGGCUGGUAGAGCAAUGGCAGCGGACCAGGGACGAAGACCGCAUCAGAGAGCUUCGUCGCUACUCCGAACGAAAGGCGGCGGGAACGAAAGCUUUCCGCAACGACUGUUGGCGCAUGAUAUGGUCUCAGCUGGUCGAGUUGAUAACACCUUCGCGGUCGCCAAUGUCGGCAAUAAUGGGAAGCUUUACCUGAGGCCUCUAGUCGAGUCAGGCUCCCGACGUCGCCAUGGCAAAUCCCUGCCGAAAUUGAGUCUUCCCGCCCCGGUCAACGCAACCAAGCUAUCCCCGCCCAGACCAACAGCCGGCCCCGACACUAGACACAGUAUUUGGUCAUCCUCUCAAUUCUCCGAGCUCCGUCCCAAAUUUGCCCGUGAAGAAAUCGCGGAGGUCAAUGGCGAUGCCAGCGAUACUGAGCCUCGACGUAGGAGAGCUCAUUCCUUUUCAACAAUCUCCGAGUACGGCCAAUCUGAAGCGGGCGACGAGUUUCGAAUAGUGAUUGACCGUUUCGACACUCAUGAUUCGGUCAACGUUACCUCCAUGCCUGCUCUAGAGGUGCCUAUCCCUCAUUAUCGCCUUGGGACUAUGCAGUUCAAUGCGGAGGGGACACCAGUAUUGCGAAGUUCGGUUUAUACGCAUACAUCGGACAACACCAACCCGUCUGUAUACUUGAAGGACAAUACAGGCAACGGUGGCCAGAACCGCAUACCAUCUACCUACGAUUCACCCGGUCUUUCUCAUCCGGUAGGAACGCUUUCAGUCGCAAUGUCGUUGUUUUCAGGUGUGGCUCCAUCUGCCACCAAGGCGAGAAAUUCGAAUUCAACCUACAGAUCCGGUAUAUAUUCUGUACAGCAUCCCAUUGAACCUUCUGUCUUUGACCUGCUCGCCGAAAACAUGGAUGACCCAGCUUUGGUCAAGUACCUACCUGGCACUUCGGACAUUAGCGCUGCUACACCUGCGCGCAUAGUCGCGCAAAUUUCAUCCGAGGUUUUCAUGGAUUAUGAACUCGUAUCAGACUUCUUUUUAACUUUUCGGUCUUACCUAUCGACUACAGAUCUUUUAGGCUUGUUGCUGGCGCGACUGGAGUGGGCUAUCAACAGACUACAACCUGAUGGACGGAUUAUUCGAAUCCGAACAUUUGCGGCUUUACGACAUUGGAUUCUCAAUUAUUUCGUCGACGACUUCGUUAGCAACCGAGACUUACGGGUACAAUUUUGCGAUACAAUCAACCAUAUGUACGAUGAUUUGAAAGCUCGAAGAAGUGCAGGCGUCAGUGACAUCAAGAUUUUGGUAGACUUAAAGCGCUGUUGGCAUGGAAGAUGUUUGAUGCACUGGGAUAGUCCGCUGUUUACCAGUCCCGACAACCCUGCUUUACCCGGGGAAGUUCUCGACAGUCAAGAUAACUACGCAGCCAGUCUAUGCGAGAUCGCCAACACCAUCAACGAAGCUGUUAUGGAAAAUCCUUUGACCAAGAUUCAAACGCAACAAUUCACCCAGUCAAUAAAUGCGUUGGAAAAUGUACGAAACCUUGGUCAUCCGGUAAUGCAUGCGAGGACGAUAUCAUCGGGGACUACACGCAGUAUGCCAGGUUCGUCGAGCGAGCAGAGCGUCCAAGCACUCUCAUGCUCUUUCCCAGGCAAAAGUGCUUCAAUACCGAUCAGCGCAGUAGAUGCACCUCACCCUGUUGUGGUUGCAAUUCAGCCGUCACCUAAUACCCCGACCGGUCCACGGUCACCGACGGCUUCAAGCACAUUCAGAUACCCCCAAACUCAUGCUCACAAGCGUAGUGGGAGUUUUUCCGACUCAAUCCGCGAUGACCGUGCUCCCCUGUCUCGCGCAUUAGCGGAUAGGCAGGAUCAAGAACAAGCUUUACUGCCGAGCUCUGACGGCGGUAAUGGCAGUCUCAUUCGUGGAAAUCUGUUCCCGCCUAUAGAUGCGAAAGUUGCAGGACCUUCCCCCCCUUCACCUACUAUAUCGCAAGCUUCAGAUGGACUACAGGAGCACCAUGCACGCAGUGCUUCGGAAGGCAAUAUCAGACCCCUUGGAGCCAGCCCUGCACUAAGGACGGUCAUUGGCUCCAUACGUCGUGCGUUGCAUACCAGGAAUCUUGGUCAAAAUUCUGCAGCACCUCCCGGUUACCCUUCGCUUCGUUCUCAAAGAGCCCAGACCGCUACACUUCCAGUCAAUGUGGCCUUUAAAAACGACAUUUACAGAGAUCGCAGAAUUCCACCAAAGCCUGAAGCACCUCUGAGAGUUGAUUGUAUAUCUGAGCAAAGCGUGAGAGACUACCGCGAAGCCAUUGGCCUCAAACCUCCUACGCCAUCAAUCUCAGAAGGAUCGGAUCGAUUGGGAAGUCAACCAGGCCACCCAAGACCGCAAAUGCUCAGCCCACAACGUCUUGCAAGCGAAGUAACUAUGGGAAGCAAGUCCAUCGUUAUUGUUGAUGACACCGGACUUGACAUACCUGUAGUUUCAGGCGGGCUGGAAUGGAUGGGCCCAACCCAGACAAGCAACGCUAGUUCACCAUCUUUGGUAUCAAGACAUGAUCACCUACCUCCUGGCGAUAUCGAUGUACCCUUUGCAGCAUCGUCGGAGCUACUCAGACACGACAAAAGCCAUCUGAAACCCCAGCCGCUUGAUAUAUCCAUGGAACGUUUUUCAAAAAGUCAGUCAAUAUCCAGUCGUCUCCGAAAGUACGCAUCUUUUCACAGUGGCACUAGUCACUCUUUUGAUGCCAAUAGCGAAGCUGGAGAUGUAGAAUCUGGCAAGAAGCCAAUGAGUCGUCUAUUGAGGAGGCGACCUGGAGGCGACCUGCGUAAGAUUCAGAAUGUGCAUGAUCUUGCUGCUGAUCAACGACCGCAGUCAUUCGCAACAGAUACCUCUUUGACAGAAUCGUUCACAUCUUCGGCGCGGCACUAUCUCAGACGAAGUUUUUCGCGAUCCUCUCAAGCGAGGGCCCAGUCAACGCCACCACGCUUCGACCUUAUCAACACACAUUCGUCUCAGAAUCUUCGCCCCUCUUUUGAAGCAGCUAUAGCUGAAUUUUCGCGCAUUCCUGAUGAUAUUGAUGGUGGAAUUGAGUCGACAUUACUGAAGCUAGAAGGAAAAUGGCCUUCUCCGACACUCUCCGACAGUCAGGGAACCGCAGCUCAACCCUUUUACUAUGGAGGAGACUCUUCCAAUACUGCUAUGACAGCAGCGAGCAAUUCAGAAAGACUUCCGAUGAGAUCUGACGAGACAAUAUUUGCCGGCCAAAGCGGUUCGCAAUCACAAGUUUAUACCGAGUCCGUCGUGGAGUCAGAGUUUUCGGAUAAUUCUAUCCCUCUUCUCGAGAGGGGACUGAGUGAUGACUCUAUGAAGAAGCCAAUUCGUGAUGUUCGUGCACACGUUACGCCUCGUCAGUCUAUACAACACGCCCCGGUCAACGCAAUCGUCGCCAGUAUCGACUCUCCCCGUCCUUCCAUUCAAUUAAUUGACGACAAUGACCGAAUCCGACAAAUCACAAACGACAUGGAGGAAUAUCUUGAAGUCGACCCGCAUUCAGAGCAGUACGAAGAUGUGGACAGUAGAUCAGAGCUCUCAUCUGAACUCUCUGUCGAGUUUAUUGAAAAAGACGACGCUUUAGGGGCAUCAAGCAGCAUGGACUCUCUCGCAACCCAAUCUCUGGAGAUUCCUCAUCCUCUUGCGCAUCCUCCCUCACCACCAAUGACCAUUCCACAAGCAGCGCCAACUAUUGCUCAUCGCAAACCGGAAACUCCUGUGAAUCCGCCGGCAACAUUGACUCCAGGCCCAUCACCUACCCGUAUGGGUGACCAAUAUCGGGGACGGCAUACCUCGGAUGAGAUUCCAAGCAUUGAACCUAAGCUUGCUGGAUUGCACAUUGACAUACCACAUAUGCCAAGUCAUUUUCCUUUCGUACUUGCCUACAACUCCAGGUUACUUGCUCAACAAUUUACACUCGUGGAAAAAUCAGCUCUGGACGAAGUUGACUGGAAGGAUCUUGUUGACAUGAAGUGGAACAACACUUCGCCGUCAAUCGUUAGCUGGGUCCAUUUCCUCGCUGAGAAAGAUCGUAAAGGGAUUGAUAUUGUCGUAGGCCGGUUCAAUCUCAUGGUGAAAUGGGUUCUUUCUGAGAUUGUUCUUACACGGGAUAUGUCAGAGCGAGCCCGGACGAUCUCAAAGUUCAUCCACAUCGCUGCGCACGCCAGACAAACAUGCAACUACUCGACAAUGUUACAAAUUGCGAUCGCUUUGUCUUCAGUCGACUGCACACGGUUACAAAGGACCUGGAAUCUGGUGAGCUUGAGUGACCGACGACUUCUUGACAGCAUGGAAUCUCUGAUACAACCGCUGCGCAAUUUUCACGAGUUGAGAGUCGAAAUGGAGACUGCGAAUCUUCAAAAUGGCUGUAUUCCUUUUGUGGGUCUAUACGUUCACGACCUGACCUACAAUGCUCAGAAACCAUCUCAAGUCGCAGGAACCCGUGACGGAGAUGCACUCGUCAAUUUUGAAAGAUAUCGAACCUCGGCUAGAAUUGUCAAAUGUCUCCUUCGUCUCAUCGAUGCCAGCAACAAGUACAACAUUGAGCCUGUCCCGGGAGUCGUUGAAAAAUGUCUGUGGAUUGGUUCCUUGCCGGAGGACCAGAUUCAGGCUUUCAGCAAAAGCUUGGAAUAA